UGCGCUCGUCUUUAUCAGAAAGUCAAAAUACCCGCUGCGCUUCACAACCGAAUUGGACGAACAGUAGAAGGGCAUCCGUUCGGGACCGCUGCGACACACCAUUCUGCACAAUGGGAGCAUCCUCAUCCAGCCUUUUGGACGAAAGUAAAAUAAGCUACAUAAGAGGUUGAAAGACUACAGUAUCUAUAUCAAUGCAUCCUGCAAUUACACCAAUUACGGAGAAAGGCCUUCUGCCAUACACAAAUGCCAACAUCUUAAUUCACCAGCAGUUAUUCUACUCAAGAUGAAAGGAUGCAGAGAAAAAAUAUAAACAUUGUGUGUCUUCAGAAAACUGAAGAGGGUGUUUUCCACAAGUGCUUCCUGGACUGUGUGUGGCCGAACAGAGGCAGAGCUGAAGAACUUUACUCCUCAUUACAAAAGACAGAGCUGUGUCGCUUUCUUUUCUUAUCUAAAGGAUGAGGUGGAGCAGCACAGAUCAGGUCAGGCCCAGCUGCUCAAACAGAAGGAGCCUCUGCAGGCCACUGAGGUCCUGUAUAAGGACAGCAUGCUUUACUUUGAUGACAACAGAAAGUGGAGAGAGAGAUUUGUUGUAGUCUGUGCCGACUAUAGCCUGGAGCUACAUGAUAGCCAAGAGACUUUUACAAAGGGAACACCUGCACGCCACAAACUCCUACCUACAGGUGGCGCUGUGUUGACUUCAGAGGAGAAAUACAAUGCUGUUGUAGACAAGGUCUUGCCUGAUCCUAAUGGAUGUAAAGAAGAGUCCUCUGUCCCUCUGGUGGUGGUUCCUGGUCCUCUUCCUGUGUACCUGAGACUGCCUUACAGACGAGACUAUUACUUCUGUUUCCAGCAAGAAGAGAAGCGAGCACGCUUUGUCUCAAUAUUGAAUGACUGCAUUCGCCAUCAGAACCAAGAUUAUCUGAAGAGUAUGACCUGUGAGGUGCAGGCUUUCCUGAAGGCCAUUCACUUCUACAGACAGGAAAAGGGUCUAUAUGAAUCAUGGGAUAUGCUGGUGGGCACUGAAUUACAGGUGCUGGCUUACUUGGUGAUGGAGGAGUUAUUGCCCUCUUUGCAGACAGAGCUGUUGCCCAAACUAAAGGGAAAGAAGCCAGAGAGGAAGAGGGUGUGGUUUGCGACAGUGGAAGCAACGUAUGAGCUUGUGCAGGAACAGCUGCGAGAGGGACUAGAGAGUUUGAAAAAUGAGUGCAGAGAUGCCACCAAACAGCAGGAGGCGCUCAUACGCUCAGACAUGGACCAGAUCAUCAACUCACAAACAUUUCUGGAAAUGAAACUGCAAGCUUUUGUAUCAGAGCCAGCCAUGAAAUACAGUUCAGAGAGUGUGGCCCCAUACCUGGCCUCUAUCCUGGAGGAGCUGAUGGGUCCAGUCAGCACAGGUUUCCAGGCCGUGAGGUUGCUGUUGGAGGAUGAGCUGACCCGAUUCUGCAAGGAUUUCCCUCAGGGGGGACUCACAGAGGAAUUUCAGACAGCUCUGGAGCAGGUGGGUCGUGACCGGAUGGAGGACUGUUACCAGCAUGUGAACGUCUUGAAGGAACAGCUUCAGGAACUACGCAAUCGCUUUAAGUUCUCCAACUCAACACGAAUAGUUCACUGCACCCAGGGUCAAAUGCAGCAGCUGAUGGAGAAUGCCGUGUACACUUUUAAGAUGCUACUUCAGUCUGCCUUAAUGGAUAAACCUGAUAAUCAGGCCUCAGUUAUGGAGAAAGCCAAGCUACGUGUCCUUAAGCAAUUUGACUAUGACAGCAGCACUGUGAGGAAGAAGAUAUUCCAGGAGGCCCUAGUUGACAUCACUCUGCCUGCCAUCAGGAGAAAACUGGACCCUGGCUGCAAAACUGAGCUUCAGAAUUAUGAACAAUUCGUCUUUGCUGAUUAUACAAAUUUUGUUCAAGUGGAGAAUGUCUAUGAAAACAUAUUACUCAACAUUUUGAACAAUGAAGUCAACAAAGUGGUGAAGGAGGCAGCCAGUCUGAAGAAAAACAACCUGUUUGCUGACAGUACUGACCUGUACUGUGUUAGUCAAAGCAGCUUAGCUGACAACCGGACGCCGCCCCUCUCUGCCCCAUCCAGCCCACCAAAAGUAUUGGCCUCUGUGGCUCUCUCUCAACAGGCUGGGCAGAAGACCAUCUCUACAUUAGGAGAAACUAUCAUUGAAGAGACCCACCAAACACAUGAUACUUCAGUCAUUCCAGUGGUGAAGAUUACAGUGUCUUCUCCAGAGUCUUUGGAACCUACAUUACCAUCAAGCAUUGCUGAAACAGGUCAACCAGACGUUCCACCAACAAUACCUAACAUUUCAUCUCCUGCUCUUAAGGGAUCUUCUACCUCUGAUGCCAUAACAGUCACAUCUGAUACAUCCACACCCAAUCCUAAAAUCUCAGAGACUAAUGCAGGAUCAAACACAUCUGAUGCGCUUACAACCAGACCUGAAACCAUCUUAUCCACAGAGGAUUCGUCUUUAUCAGGACCAGAGAAACUUUCUUCUGAAGUGCAGGAUGGAGCUACAGAGGAACCUUUGUCUGAUGGUCAAUGUUCAUCCAGUAGUGCCUCUUCCUCUGUCAGUUCUGACCGGGCAGUCUAUCUUAACUCAACAGUUGUCCUGAAGACAGGUAGUCCUGUUCCUCUUGCUGAGACUUCUGAAACAGUGACUGUUGAGGCUCCUCUGUGUGUAAUUGCUGCAACAGAUGAGGAUAAUAAAGAUGCAGUUCCUCAGUCUGAAAUCCAACCUGAUUCUACCCCAAAGAUCAAUGAAAACAUAGAGACUCCAGGGGAUGCCAUUGCUUCCUAUGAGAACACUGUGAAUAACAGAGCCUGUGACGUAGUGCCCCCUAGUGUUGAGAAUAGAAGUGAAGAGAAAGAUACCAGCCAUGUGGAUAUUUCUACUCUCGACUCUGUUCCUGAUGUUCCAGUGGGGAGUGCUGUUGCUUUAACAUCAGAGCUGGAGAACCAACGUGACAGGAGCACAAAUUCACCAGAGCAGGAUUGCGCUGCUGGGAAUGAAGACACAGAGGAUACCGCUGACAGCGUGAAGGCUAUCAAAGAUCUCAUCAUGGAGGUAAUCGAGGUAGAGGACAUAGUGAGACCUUGUGUUGAAAACUAACAAUGUUUGCAUUUUAAUGCCUUAAAAAUGUUGAAUGAAAUGUUUUAACAGCUAUACAGCUCUGCUAAGAAAAAGAAAAAAAAAGACUAUGGUGUUUCUGUAUAAUUUGUUUUUGAAGUUAUAUCAGUAUUUCAUUUACUAUUUAAAAAAAUCAAAUUAUUGACAUUACACAGUUUGGCAUGACAUUCUUUGUUAAAUACUUUGACUCACACAGUAACCAAGUGCCUGUGUAAAAAGUAUUAAUAUAUCUAUUUAAUCUGUUUUGAAUACUAUCCUGAUGCUAAUGAAACUUUGUAAUAUGGCACUUUUGCAUACCACUGUCUCCUUAAGAUGAUUCACUUAUGUUUUCCUCUUUUGUAAGUCGCUUUGGAUAAAAGCAUCUGCCUAAUGAAUAAAUGUAAAUGUAAAUCUAUUUUUUAACACUGAACCUUAUCAUAGAGAAAUAAAUGAUGGCAAAUCAGAUUGAAACAUCAUUACUUUUUAAUGCUUAAAUUUCAUGUUGACAUUUUUUUUUAAACAUUGUGAGGCCAAUAGAAAUCAAAUGACAAAGAACAAAAAAACAAAAAAAAAAAACUACAUUUUUAGAUGAUACCCAAAUGUUUUUAUGGGGCUGACUUAUUUAUUAACGUGUUGUACUGGCCAUGCAGACAACCAAUUUGUUAUAGUUAACAUUUCGAAUCAGAAGAUCAUAUCAUAAGGAAACAAUAAAGCAAUUUUUACUCAGUUUUGAAAUGGAGAUACUUUUGUAUAUAUAUGUUGGCCUGUCAUUCAUUAUCACUGAGGGAAUCUGUAAAAUAAAUUUCCACAAAACAGAA